AUGACAGUGAUUAUUAUACUUACAACAAUAUUAUUACUGAUAGCAGCUACGAAAGUAUUGUUACGCAGUCGCUCACGAGACAGUAAUUGUGGUAUUGUACCCAAUAUUCCAGACGCGUCAUCAUCGUCGUUGUCGUCUUCUCGGUCGUGGAAGUAUGAUGUUUUUCUUAGUUUUAGAGGCGAAGAUACUCGCAAGACUUUUGUGGAUCAUCUCUACUACGCUCUUCAACAACGUGGAAUACACGCUUACAAGGACGAUGUAAGUCUUGAUCAGGGUGACACCAUUGGCCCAGCCCUGUUAAGUGCUAUCCAAGAAUCACAUAUGGCUCUUAUUAUAUUCUCUGAAAACUAUGCCAAUUCUUCAUGGUGUUUGGAUGAGCUUUCAUAUAUUAUGAAAUGCAAGGAGGAGAGGAGGCAAAUCGUUAUUCCCAUAUUUUAUAAUGUGGAUCCUUCAUAUGUGAGAAAACAGAUAGGGCAAUUUGCCAAACACAAGUUGUCUAAAAACAAGGAGAAAGUUGAAUCUUGGAAGCAGGCACUUGUUGAUGCAAGUAAUAUUGCUGGAUGGGAACCUAAGCAGGUCGCCAACGGGCAUGAAGCAAGAUGUAUUCAAGAGAUGGUUGGUUCCAUUUUAGAUAAAUUCUCAUACUUAGAUUCAGUUGUUGAUGAUGAAAACCUUGUUGGAAUGGCAACUCGAUUGCUUCAGUUGAGAUCCCAUUUAAGAAUUGGAUCAGGUGGUGUGAGAAUGGUUGGGAUAUGGGGGGUUGGGGGUGGCGGUAAGACUACUCUUGCGUUUUCUGUUUAUAUGAAACUACGUAUGCAUUUUCAUAGCCACUGCUUUAUAGACAACAUAAGGGAAAAAUCACAGAAACGUGGCUUAAGAAAACUGCAAAAAAUAAUUCUGUCAGAUGUUUUGAAAACACCUGUGAAAGUGAGGAGUGUUCAAGAAGGAAUAUGCAAGAUUCAAAGUAUGUUAUGUCGUAGGAAUGUGUUGAUUGUUCUUGAUGAUGUCGAUCAUCUUGACCAACUAAAGGCAUUAGCGGGGUGUCAUAAAUGGUUUGGGGAUGGGAGUCGAAUAAUAAUUACAACUAGGGAUUGCCAUUUGCUGUCAAUUCACAAGGUAGAUGUGGUCUCUCAUAUCGAUUUAUUAUCACAUGAUGAAGCUAUUCGGCUCUUCAAUAAAAAUGCAUACUGUGAAGAUAAACCUGUACAAGAUUAUGAGAUGCUUUCACAUCAGAUCGUUUCUUAUGCUGCCGGGCUCCCCUUAGCCUUGAUUGUGUUGAGUUCUUUUUUAUAUGACAAAGACAAGGAUGAGUGGCUUAGUACAUUGGAUAGACUAAAGUAUCAUCCAGAAAUGGAUAUUGUGGAAAAGCUCAAAAUCAGCUAUGAUGGGCUUAAAGAUGUGGAGAAAGAGUUAUUCUUGGAUAUUGCAUGUUUCUACCGGGGAAUGAAGGGAAAUGAGGCUAUGCAAAUAUUUGAUGCGUGUGGAUUCUAUCCUCAAGUAGGGGUAAAGGUGCUGGUACAAAAGGCUCUCAUAACUGUUUCUUCCUUUGGUAAGUUUGAUAUGCACGAUAUGGUUCAAGAAAUGGCACACUAUAUUGUUAAAUCGGAACAUCCCAACAAUCCUGAGAAACAUAGCAGGCUUUGGCGAUUGGAAGAUAUUAAAGACAUGUGUUCCAGCAAUGCAACAACGGAAAAUGAUAAGAUUGAAGCCAUUCAAUGUUCUUCCCAUGCUUUUGAGUAUCCAUCCAACUUCAGUACGCUUGUCUCAAACAUGACGAAACUAAGAUUUCUUAAUAUGACUACUAGUACGUUUGAUGAGCCCAGUUUUCUUUCAAAUGAGUUGAGGUAUUUAUAUUGGGACAGGUAUUCUGCGAGUCGAUUCCCUGAAGGUUUUCAACCAAGGAAGCUUGUUUUUUUAAAAAUGAAAGAAAGCUUGCAAAAAGAACUUUGGAUGGGUUACAAGUAUCUACCAUGUUUAAAAGAGCUUGAACUAUACUUUAUGGAAGCACUAGUGAGGACACCUGAUUUUGGUGGACUCCCAUGUCUUCAAAAGUUGAAACUCUUCCAGUGUGAAAGUUUAGAAGAGAUUCACGAAUCUCUUGGAAAUCAUGCAAGUCUUGUUUCUGUAGAGGUAAGUUGGUGUCAAAAGCUUAAAAGGUUUCCGAGCAUUGUUGGGAUGGGAAAACUGGAGAUUCUUAGAAUUAAAUAUUGCUUCGCACUUACUGCGUUUCCAAAUAUUGUGAUGAAGAUGUAUAGCUUGGUAGAGUUAUCUUUGGAUUGUGUUGGGAUAGAAGUCCUGCCGUCAUCAGUAGGAGAAUAUUGUACCAACCUUAUUUCGCUAGAGUUGAACAACUGUUUGAACUUAAAGAGCAUAGAAGGGACGUUCCAUGCAUUAAAAUGUCUAAAGAAGUUUGAAUUAAAUGGUGCAAACAAUUUGAGAAGUCGCCAAAGGAUCUAUUUGAUGUAAAUCUAGAUGCGCAUCGUUUAUUGUUGAUUGAAAGAUGGAGAAAUUCCCAAUCAAGUUCAGCCUCUCACAGCAUACUUGCCUCAAACCGGGUAGUUGCAUAGAUCGCGCUGAGCUCCAAUCAAGUGUAGCUAUUCUUAUGGCAUACCGGUGCCACUCACUUGAAUCCAUCAACAUCAUCAGAGAUGAUUCUCACUCAAUUGUGAGAUGCUAGAAGAAUUGAUGGGGUAGACUACUAGCAGAAUCCAUGCUUCAUGUAUGUUUGGUUCUCCCCAUGUAAGUUGUUGUAAAAUUUAAGCCGACGUAUGUAGCUAUAUAUAAUAUUCCAGUAAAUGAGAAUUUUUGUUAAUUUAAUUUAUUAGGGAAAGGCUGCUGAAAGUGGUUGUAUGACUGAUUGACUCUCUAUGAGCAUACUUGAAGUAAUUGUUUUUCAA